UAAUUUAAAUAUAAAUUAUUAAUAAUAACAGAAUAAUAAUAAUAAUAAUGUUUGGAGGUGUUGUAGCAGUUUUAUUGCACUUGUUUCAUAGCAGCACCGCUGCAUCUUGUGCUCACAUCCAGGCACUUUGCUCAUAGAGAAAGGCAGGGAGACCUCCAGCGGCUUGUCCUUUCAUUACAUACCCGGGCACGUGCUGGUUCCUCGAUGACGUCUUUGUCAGAGGGCUUGUGGGAGUUGUAGUGUUUUGGGUUUUUUUUUUUUUCAAGAGGCUGUUGGCUUGGCAACAACAGCAGGUAGAAGGAGCGAAGAAGACGAAGAGGACUCCGCUCGCUUUGAAUACUGUAUUACAGAGUGCUUGGUGUUGUCGUGGUGUGAUGCUGGCGCGGCAAGCUCCCGCGGACCUGCCUGUGUACGAAACGUUUUGAAAAUAACAUCCAACGCCAUUUAUUUCCCCCACAAGCCGGAAGCCAGGCAGGCCCAGGCUGCGUUUGUUUCCUUGUGUUGCUGUUGGUUCCGUCUCCCCACAGUCUGCAGUAACGACAGGACGGAUCGGCACAUCGGCAGCAGAAUUACAGAUGGAACAGCCUGCCCAGUCCUACAUGCUUGCCAGCCUGACGCGACCGCACUCCGAACAGCUCCUGCAGGGCCUGCAGCUCCUCCGGCAGCACGGCGAGCUCUGCGACAUCGUGCUGCGCGUCGGCGAUGCCAAGAUCCACGCGCACAAGGUGGUGCUCGCCAGCAUCAGCCCCUACUUCAAAGCCAUGUUCACGGGCAACCUCUCGGAGAAGGAGAACUCGGAGGUGGAGUUCCAGUGCAUCGACGAGGCAGCCCUGCAGGCCAUCGUGGAGUAUGCCUACACAGGGACUGUCUUCAUCUCCCAAGAGACUGUGGAGUCUCUGCUACCAGCCGCCAACCUGCUGCAGAUCAAGCUGGUCCUCAAGGAGUGCUGUGCCUUCCUGGAGAGCCAGCUGGACGCCAGCAACUGCAUCGGCAUCUCGCGCUUCGCCGAGACCUACGGCUGCAACGACCUGUACCUGGCUGCCUCCAAGUUCAUCUGCCAGCACUUCGAGGAGGUGUGCCGGACCGAGGAGUUCUUCGAGCUGACCCGGGCCGAGCUGGACGAGAUCCUGUCCAACGAUUGCCUCAACGUGGUGUCGGAGGAGACCGUCUUCUACGCCCUGGAGUCCUGGCUCAAGUACGACGUGCAGGAGCGGCAGCAGUACCUGGCCCAGCUGCUGCACUGCGUCAGGCUGCCCCUGCUCAGCGUCAAGUUCCUCACGCGGCUCUACGAGGCUAACCACCUGAUCCGGGACGACCACACCUGCAAGCACCUGCUCAACGAGGCGCUCAAGUACCAUUUCAUGCCUGAGCACAGGCUCUCCUACCAGACCGUCCUCUCCACCCGCCCCCGCUGCGCCCCCAAAGUGCUGUGCGCCGUCGGGGGCAAGGCUGGACUGUUCGCAACACUGGAGAGCAUGGAGAUGUAUUUCCCCCAAACUGACUCGUGGAUCGGGCUGGCGCCGCUCAGCGUCCCCCGCUACGAGUUUGGGAUCGCGGUCCUGGACCAGAAGGUGUUCGUGCUGGGGGGGAUCGCCACGCACAUGCGGCAGGGCAUCAGCUACCGACGGCACGAGAGCACGGUGGAGAGCUGGGACCCCGAGACCAACACAUGGACGCUAGUGGAGCGCAUGACGGAGAGCCGCAGCACUCUGGGGGUGGUGGUGCUGGCCGGGGAGCUGUACGCCAUGGGCGGCUACGACGGGCAGUACUACCUGCAGUCCGUGGAGAAGUACAUCCCCAAGGUGAAGGAGUGGCACCCCGUGGCGCUCAUGAUGAAGUCCCGGAGCUGCUUCUCAGCGGCGGUGCUCGACGGGAUGAUCUAUGCCAUCGGAGGGUACGGCCCUGCGCACAUGAACAGUGUGGAGCGCUACGACCCCAGCAAGGACUCCUGGGAGAUGGUGGCACCAAUGGCGGAUAAAAGAAUAAACUUUGGCGUGGGCGUCAUGCUGGGCUUUAUAUUCGUUGUGGGCGGGCACAAUGGGGUUUCUCACUUGUCCAGUAUCGAGAGGUACGAUCCCCAUCAGAAUCAGUGGACCGUGUGCAGGCCGAUGAACGAACCCAGAACAGGGGUGGGUGCUGCCAUCAUCGAUAACUACCUCUAUGUGGUGGGAGGACAUUCAGGGUCAUCGUACCUGAAUACUGUUCAGAGGUACGACCCAAUCACAGACAACUGGUUGGACUCCAAUGGCAUGAUGUACUGCCGCUGUAACUAUGGCCUGACUGCUCUGUGACAGUUCACGUGACUGGUGUGUUAGUCGGGGUUAAAGGGUGAAUGUGAAUGGGGUUUGUUGUGACACAAAAACCCUGCAUGGCAAAAAACAAACAAGGAAAGCGAAGAAAACUUUUGAAGUGCCCAUUUGUUGCUGAGACCCGGGAGCUGCUUUGUGGAUUAAGGACCUGAUCGGAUCAGAAGAGGAAAAGCGCGUGGCUGCUGCUGUCGGGUCCACGCAGGCCCGCUCGUUUGCAGAGUUAGCGAGCAGGUGUAUUAGGGGAGCGCGAUUCCUACUUCUGCUUUUGAAUUCCUCUUUCGCUGGCAUUGUCUCUCCUACUGGUGAGUUCAAAGAGGAGAGGAGGAGGAGGAGGAGGAGGAGGAGGAGGAGCCAGGGUUCCACCCUCA